UAUUCACCAAAAAUGGCUGUGAGUUUCCCCCUUCCAUCAUAUUUCACAGCUAUAUUCAUUAUAAGCCGUUUGAUGUCCAUCGUAGGGAUAUCAAAGCACUGGAAUAUCAUGAACAUUUUGCCUAAGCUCCCACCCCUUGAUGUUGCAGACAAACUCUCCGUCGACCCUUCGGCCGUCGAAUCAGCCUCUCAAGACUUCGGCCACAUCGUGAGAUCGGUUCCGAGAGCGGUUCUUUUCCCUUCGUCGGUCGACGACAUUGCCACUCUCGUGAAAUUUAGCUACGACAGCUCGGUCCCGUUCACCUUGGCGGCCCGAGGGCAUGGCCAUUCCGUCAGGGGCCAAGCGAUGGCGGAAAACGGGGUCGUCGUCGACAUGACGUCGAUGAAAAAGCACCGGAACGGGACCGGAAUCCGAGUCUCGAGUGAUCGGCUUUACGCCGAUGUAGGCGGUGAACAGCUCUGGUUCGACGUGCUGAAUGAGACAUUGAAACACGGCGUUGCACCCGUUUCGUGGACCGAUUAUUUGCACCUUACCGUAGGUGGAACGCUCUCCAACGCUGGAAUUAGUGGCCAAAGCUUUCGAUACGGUCCUCAGAUUAGUAACGUUUACGACAUGGAUGUUAUAACAGGAAAAGGCGACAUUAUAACAUGCUCUCCCAAGAACAACUCGGAGCUAUUCUACGCUGUUCUCGGAGGUUUAGGCCAGUUCGGAAUAAUAACCCGAGCUAGAAUCCCACUCGACCCAGCACCGAAAAGGGUCAAGUGGGUACGAAUGUUGUACAAUGAUUUCACUGCUUUCACUAGAGACCAAGAGCUUCUAAUCUCCACCAAUGGAAGAAGAGACAGCAGUGCAUUGGAUUAUGUAGAGGGUUCAAUUAUGAUGGAUCAAGGCUCACCGGAUAGCUGGAGAUCAUCUUUUUUUCCACCCAAAGAUCACAAAAGGAUAGCCUCUCUUAUCACCAAUCAUGGUAUCAUUUACUGUCUUGAAGUUGUCAAACAUUAUGAUGAUCAAAAUGAAGACACGGUGGACAAGGAUUUGCGACAGGUUUUGGAAGGUUUGAGUUACAUGUCUGGAUUUAUGUUGGAAAAGGAUGUGGUGUAUGCAGAGUUCUUGAAUAGAGUUCAAAGUGGGGAGGUGAAGUUUAGAUCAAAGGGAUUAUGGGAUGUUCCUCAUCCAUGGCUGAAUCUUUUCGUACCAAAAUCUCAGAUAAGUGGUUUUAAUGAUGGAGUUUUUAAGGGCAUUGUCCUUAAACGAAACAUCACCAAAGGACCUGUCCUUGUUUACCCCAUGAACAGACACAAAUGGGAUGAUAGGAUGUCAGCUGUGAUACCAGACGAAGAAGUUUUCUACGCAGUAGGGUUUUUGAUUUCCAGUGGAUUCCAUGAUUGGGAAGCUUUCGACGAUCAAAAUAAGGAAAUACUGAAGUUUUGCGAUGAAAAUGGAAUUGGGGUUAAGCAGUAUCUUCCCCAUUUUACUUCCAAGGAUGAAUGGAUUCAUCAUUUUGGCUCAAAAUGGGAAACUUUUCAGCAGACAAAACACCAGUUUGAUCCAAAAAUGUUAUUGUCGCCAGGACAGAGAAUUUUCAAUUAAGUCAUGGUUUUUUUUUGGGUGUUUUUUAG